AUGUUCGGUCGUGUUUCUCUUGCGCUCGUUUUAAUUUCUAUAGCCGCAUUUUUCUGUGCGCAAUCUGCGGAUGCUGCCAAGGGCCCCAAAAUCACCCAUAAGGUCUACUUCGAUAUCAGGCAUGGUGACAAGGACAUAGGUCGAGUUGUCAUUGGUCUUUACGGCGGAACCGUUCCAAAGACAGUCGAGAACUUCCGCGCACUUGCAACUGGUGUCGGCAAGGAUGGUCAGGAACUUGGCUACGGUUACAAGGGCUCUAAGUUCCACCGUGUUAUCAAGAACUUUAUGAUACAAGGCGGUGACUUCACUCGUGGCGAUGGCACCGGUGGAAAGUCUAUUUACGGCGACCGUUUCAAGGAUGAGAACUUCAAGCUCAAGCACGCCGGACCCGGCACUCUUUCCAUGGCUAAUGCAGGCAAGGACACUAACGGUAGGCAUUUCAUUUGCACUGUAGUCACCAGCUGGUUGGACGGUAAACAUGUGGUCUUCGGAAAAGUCUUGGAGGGAAUGGACAUUGUAUACGCUAUUGAGGACGUUCCCAAGGGCAGCAAUGAUCGUCCAUUGGAGGACGUCACCAUCUACGACUCUGGAGAGCUGCCAGUUGAGCCAGUGGUGGAUGAGACAGGAAAUCAGGUACCCCUACGCGCUGAGCUAUGA